GUUCCCGACGUCAAGUUUGGAUGCGCAGCUGUCAAUGGCCGAACGCUGUUUGUUAUUGUAACCGGGGGGGGGGGGAGAUUUCGACAAAAACAACGAUUUACUUCCACAUUUAUAAGAAAAAAAUCUAUAUUAAUGUAAGCUUAAAGGUACAACAACUGAGAGGAAAUGUUCAAGGAGCCGUGGAGCGAGGGCCGGAGGCGGCGCGAGUAUUUGGCGCCCGGGAUGAAAGCCGCGUUGCUGGGCGGCGGCGACGGGUGUGAGAGGAGCGGGCAGCACAAGGCUGGAGCCGGCGCCGAGACCCGGGACAGGCCGGGGCCUAAACUGGGGCCUGGAGGAGACGAACGCGAGAGAUCUGGCAGCGGCAGCUCGGGAUCCUCGUAUGGGGGCAAGAGCAAGAGCCUGGUGGGCAGCGGCAGUUCUAAGGCUUUGUUCCAGCGAUCCAAUAGCCACGACAAAGUCCGAAAAAUAGUGGCACAAGAAGGACGGGCAGCUAGAAACCUGAUUGCGUGGAGUGUUCCCUUGGAAAGUAAAGAUGAUGAUGCCAAAUCCAAGACACACAUCAGUGGAAAAACACGGGAUGCAGUGAAGUCACAGCGAGCUGCUCAGAGUUCACAGAGGAUCUUAAAGCAGGCUGAAAAAUCCUUGCUGAGUACUGUUGGGGAGAAGAACACAGUUGAGAAGAGUCCAACAAAAGGUCGGCAGCCCCGAAAGAUUGAUUUGAGAGCACGCUACUGGGCAUUUCUCUUUGACAACCUCCGACGAGCAGUGGAUGAAAUUUACAUCACUUGUGAGUCAGACCAGAGUGUGGUAGAAUGUAAGGAGGUCCUGAUGAUGCUGGAUAACUAUGUGCGUGACUUCAAGGCAUUGAUAGAUUGGCUUCAGUUGCAGGAGAAGUUGGAGAAGACAGAUGCACAGAACAGACCCACGUCUCUAGCUUGGGAAGUGAGGAAAAUGUCACCAGGACGACACGUUAUGCCAAGUCCACCUGCAGACAGGAUUUGCACCACGUCGAAUGCUCGAAGAAGUUUAAAUUUCGGGGCUCCCAAUACCUUGGCAGCUCCUCCAGCCUUGGUAGUAGCUCGUCUAGCUUCAACAGGUGUCAGUUGGGCCGACAAAGUAAAAGCUAAUGGAGCAACUAUGACUGCAGCACCAAAGCACGAUCAGAAGUCUUCACAGCGGAUUAGAUUGCAUCCAAAUGACAGGAAAGAUACUGAAGGAUGGGAGACGGUGCAGCGUGGAAGAACGACCCGGUCUCGUUCUGCCGCAAUGUCUGUGAACGUCACCAAGACAUCGGGGACGAUGUAUCUCAGUCUUAAGGAUGACAGUGAUAAGGAAAAUGGACUCUCAGUUACACAGAAUGGAGAACUAGAAUUUGAACAAACGAGUCCCAGUUCUGAUAGUGUUACAGAUACACCAGAAAAGUUAAAGAAUCAGAAUGAAGAUACUUCUAUUGGCAGCUUUAAGCACACAGCAAACAUGUCGACGGAUCCAGUGCAGCCUGAUAAUGUACAAGACAAGUCCUGGCAGCAAGAGACAGACACUACUGAACGAGCAAAAGAUGUCGUCUGCCAGUCAGAGGAUAUGAAAGUGGAAGUGACACCAAUUGUUUCUGUGCAAGAACCAUCUCCAUUGGAGAGUCCCAAACUGGGGCCUGACAUGGAUCUUUCCAGUGAGCUUUCAAAUCAAUCUAUGGCCGCAGUUCUUGCCAAAGGAGAGGAGCUGGCAAACCGUUUGGAAAAGGAGAACGAAGAAGCAAUUGCUAAUGCCAUUGCCGAGGAGGAACAAUUAACAAGAGAAAUUCAAGCGGAGGAAAGUAAUGACAUAAAUCUGGAGACUGAUGCUGAAAGCGAGUUCUCAGCCAGCAUGAGCAGCGGCAGCUUAUCUCUCUGUGGUCUCUCGGCCCAAUCUCAAAAUCUGGACUGGAAUGAUGUGCUGGCAGAGUAUGAAGCACGUGAACCUUGGCGCCAGAGCACGUCGUGGGGAGAUAUUGUGGAGGAAGAGCCAGCACGACCACCAGGGCACGCCAUCCAGAUGCACGAGAAGCUCUCCUCACCAUCGCGGAAAAUGACGAUUGCAGAAUCAAAAAAGAAACACGAGGAAAAGCAGUUAAAGGCUCAACAGCUUCGUGAGAAACUAAGGGAAGAGAAAACUAUGAAACUACAGAAAUUGUUGGAGCGGGAGAAAGAAGUGCGAAAAUGGAAAGGGGAGCUGCUGGAACAGAGGAGAAAAAUGAUGGAGGAAAAGCUACUUCACGCUGAACUGAAACGAGAAUUGCAACUGCAAGCCAUUGUAAAAAAAGCUCAGGAGGAAGAAGCCAAGGUUAAUGAAAUUGCUUUCAUCAACACACUGGAAGCGCAGAACAAGCGUCACGAUGUUCUUGCCAAAGUAAAAGAGUAUGAACAGCGGCUGAAUGAAUUGCAAGAAGAAAGGCAUCGUCGGCAAGAAGAGAAGCAAGCUCGCGAUGAGGCCGUGCAGGAACGCAAACGAGCACUGGAGGCAGAGCGUCAGGCUCGUGUAGAGGAACUGUUGUUGAAACGAAGGGAACAGGAGGCGCGAAUUGAACAACAACGACAAGAGAAAGAGAGAGCAAGAGAAGACGCUGCUCGUGAAAGGGCCAGGGAGCGGGAGGAGAGAUUGGCAGCACUCAGUGCAGCACAACAAGAAGCUAUGGAGGAACUGCAGAAAAAAAUACAGAUGAAGCAUGAUGAAAGCAGUCGGAGGCACAUGGAGCAGAUAGAACAACGAAAAGAAAAAGCAGCUGAGCUCAGCAGUGGGAGACACGCUAAUACUGACUACGCCCCCAAACUAAUUCCUUAUGAACGGAAAAAGCACUGUUCACUCUGCAAUGUGUUGAUAACUUCUGAGGUCUACCUCUUCAGCCACAUCAAGGGAAGAAAACACCAGCAAGCUGUACGGGAGAACAGCAGCAUCCAGGGACGAGAGUUGUCAGAUGAAGAAGUGGAACAUCUGUCCUGCAAGAAAUACAUUCUGGAUGUUGUGACCGAGACCUGUGUCCAUCCAGAUGGAUUGAAGGAUGCAGAGGAGAAGCAAAAAAUCAGGAAGAAGGCCAAGAAACUUCGCGCUCGCAUGAACUCCAGGGGGAAAGAGUAUGAAAGCUCACUGGAAGCCAAAGCUCAGAUCCCAGAUUCUCCCUUCAAAGCAAAACUGCAGAGGUUGGUGAAAGAUCUUCUGAAGCAGCAGCAAGGACAGGAUAGUGGGCCGUGGGCAAACAACAAGGUGUCAUCUCUUGACAGAACACUGGGGGAGAUCAUCCGUAUUCUGGAGAAGCAGAACAGUGCAGAUCAGAUUGGAUUCCAGGUUGGUGGAGGUCUUACUGCCCUGGAGCAGAUCCUUCACGUUGUGAAUGCUGUUUCCAGUCCUAACAUUGCUCCUCGGAUUCCAGUCAAAUCCCUGUGCAAUGUGAUUCACGCGUACUGCUUUGCCUGCAAUGGCUGCUAUGACAACUGCUACUAUGUUCUGUUCAGUAACAAGAUCACCUUCUUAAUUGAACUGCUGAUGCAUCAGUUAACGCUUUUUGUCCCUGCUGAUGAUGAUGCCAUCUUUGGAAGAAGUGUGAACAAGCAGGUGUUUGAUGGGCUGACCACAGGACUGCUGCAGACCUGCGCCACAGUGCUUGGUUGCCUGGCCAACAAUCAGACCAACAGCCACCUAGGGUCACCAAAGAAAUCGGGGCAAGAAGUGAAAAAUAAUCUUUUGCAUAGUGAACUCUACCACAGCAGGAUACAGGAUCUUAUCAGCUACGUGGUGUAUACUGGACUCACUGACAAGUUGUAUGGCUGCUUCCUCUCCAUACAAGGGCCUGUCGACGAACAACCUAAAAUUGCCUCCUUCCUGCAGAAUGUUACAGCCCUGUUGCACAGUAUGUGUCGUCUUUGCUUCGCUAUUGUCAAUCGAUCGCACAACAUAUUUGAGAACAAGAGGCACGACCCAACUGGACUAACGGCGGUGCUGCAGUCUACGGAGCUGGUGGGCGUUCUCAACAUGCUUUACUGCAUCCUCCUCCAUGGUACAGUCCCUGACCACAACAACUCCCCACCGGCUGAAAUCUACCCUCAACACACUAUUCAUGUCGCCAUCCAGAGUCUUCGCUUCCUGAACAGCUUUGCAUUUUUGGAUCUUCCCACUUUUCAGGCUGUGUGCGGUGCAGAAGGCCUCUCCCUGGCAUUCCGCCACAUUGUUAGUUCACUGCUGUGGUAUUGCUACCAUCAAACCAGUGAGGACCUGCUGCAUGAAGUCAUCGUCUGCGUGGGGUAUUUCACCAUAAACCACCCCGACAAUCAGGUGACAGUCCAGUCAGGUCGGCAUCCUACGGUGCUGCAGAAGCUUUGCCAGCUGCCUUUCCAAUACUUCAGUGACCAGCGCCUGAUCAAAGUCCUGUUCCCAACACUGAUCACAGCUUGUUACAACAACCAGCAGAACAAGGUCAUCCUGGAGCAGGAGAUGAGCUGCAUUCUGCUGGCCACCUUUAUCCAGGAUUUUUCUCAGAGUUCGAGUCAGACGGACAAUAAGACUUCUCACCAGACAGUCGGAGUUCCUGGAGGUCAAGACUACCUUGAGUUCUCCAACCGGUUUCCCCGUGAGAUGUGGGAAGAUGCCCGAAAAUUCUUCCUGCAGAAAGAGGCAAUUUGCUAAGGGGGGGGGAUGGAUGUUCAACGCUAAAAAAAAAGUUGAUUUAACAGUUAGUCUUGUAACUCAUUCACUGAUAUUAUGUUUCAGAACAUACUCGUAUGAUUUGCACAAAUUGUACAUAGUACCUGUUGUAUAUAAGAUCUUCACUGUAAUCACUUUUUGACAAUUUUUUAAGUGAGCCUUUCUAGCUUAUGUGCAUAGAGAAUAAUCCAUUUUGUUUUUUGUUUGUUAGGAUGAUACUGCAGUCCCUUUGGGAUUUGCAUAAAUUAAUUUUAUUUAUUAGAAGUCGGCUGGUGGCUCAAAUUCACUGAUGACACAAUAAAAUUAUUUAUUUUUCAUCUGCA